GGAGUGGCUGAUGCUGAUUGGUCAGCUGUCAUUGGGCUGCACGAGCGCUGAUUGGUGUGGGAGGGGGGCUGCACGCUGGGCAUGCUGUUGGUUAGGAGUGUGGAUGCAGUUGCUGCAGGACUGGGGUGACAGCCUGAGGUGCAGGAGAUGGCUGGUAAAGAACUGUAUGUGUCUGCCCCCGGGAAAGUCAUAUUACAUGGAGAGCAUGCCGUGGUACAUGGGAAGGUGGCUUUGGCAGUAGGUUUAAAUUUAAGGACAUUCCUUAGGCUGAAGCCCAGCAGAGAUAAUAACACUAUGAAAAUUAACCUGCCAAAUAUUGGAGCCAAGUUGAGCUGGAAUAUCUCUGACCUUCAGACUUUAGUACCUUCAUUCCAAGAUUCUCCAGAAUGUAAGCCAGUCAGUCCUAGCCCGGAACAGCUGGAUAUUCUGAAGACAUUUGCUGGUGCCUACAGUGGAACCAAAGAUACUGAAAGUCUUGCUAUUCUAGCAUUCCUCUAUCUCUACCUAUCAAUCUGUGGACAAAAAUUGCCAAGUUUGGAAAUUGUGGUUUGGUCGCAGCUCCCAACAGGAGCUGGUUUGGGAUCCAGCGCUGCAUAUUCAGUAAGUCUCGCCGCCGCCCUGUUAACAGCCUCUGAAAAGAUUCCCUAUCCAGCUCAGGAUAACAUUGAAACUGCAAGGUGGACACAGAAUGAGCUGACUCUCAUUAAUGGUUGGGCCUUUCAGGGUGAGAAAGUCAUCCAUGGUAACCCAUCUGGAGUGGACAAUGCUGUAGGAACGUGGGGGGGGGCUUUACGGUAUCAGGCUGGUCAGAUAACUCCAAUUGAAAGGGUACCAAUGCUGCAAAUACUACUCACCAACACACGCGUCCCGCGCAGCACAAAGAUCCUUGUGGCAGGAGUGAAAGACAAGCUACUGAAGUAUCCAAAUAUCAUGGAGCCAGUGCUUUCCUCUAUAAAUGCAAUAUCUGAAGAGUGCCAGCGCGUCCUACAGGCUGCAGCUGAUGGGCUUUCUAAAGAACAUUAUUCUGUAUUAGAGGAAUUAAUCGACAUUAAUCAACAUCAUUUAAAUGUAAUUGGUGUUGGUCACCCAUCCCUGGACAGGCUGUGCCAGGUGACAGCAUCCCAUGGGCUACACAGUAAACUAACAGGAGCUGGAGGUGGCGGCUGUGCAAUCACCUUACUUCAACCUGACAUUGAGCCCACUGUCGUGGAUGCAGCCAAACAGCAGCUUUCAGAUUGUGGCUAUCAGUGCUGGGAGACCAGUAUUGGGGCCCCUGGGGUUUCUUUACAUUCUUCAUCAUCGCUGCUGGAAGAAGUCAAAACCUCAUUGAACACAGCUUAAAGGACCAAGAAAAGCCCUGAACAAGGCAAAGCCUGUCAAAGAGAUUACAAUUUUUGUAUUUUUAAGCCUUGAGAAACUCUGACCCUGCAAUGUUAGUGGUGUGAGAGCAUGCAGAUUACUGAUUGCAAGGGUGCACUUGUACUUGCAACUUAAAAGGGUUUUCCGAGGUUGUCAGUUUCUGAUCAGUGGGGUCUGAGUCCGACACCCAGGACCCCCGCCAAUCAGCUUUUCGAGAAGGCAGCGGCACUCGCAGUAGUGCUGUGGCCUUCUCUCAGUUCUACCCUAAGCCAAGGGACAUCAUGCUCAUUGGUCACGUGGCCUAGGCACAGCUCAGCCCCAUGAAGUGGGUGGGGCACAUGACCACAGCCUCCAUUAACUGGCCUCAGCAGUAACCUGAUCCCCUGUUAACAGGAUGUUUGUCAGUGCACGAGAGAGAUAAAGAGCCUUCUGUGGAGCGAUGGGGAGUAAACCCACAGGCAGGGACCAGGUAGUAUGAUCACCCAGCCACACUGUGAGGUCUAAUAUAAUGUUGGAUAACCCCUUUUAAACCACUGCACAUACAGGUGCAGCCCGGUCAUUAUUUGUAAUCUGCAUGAUAUUGGAGCAACCCGGCCGUACCAUGCUUGAGCACUCUUGAAGUUGCCGUAAUAGCAUUGUGGUAAUUAGUAAAUGAGGAUCUUUGUGAUUUGGAAGAAUUGUCCAAAUGAUGAGUUUGUCCAGGCCUGGAGAUCUUUAGGAGCUGUUACUCCAUUUGGGUGCUGGUAUAUUAUUGCCUGGUAUAUUAAAUAUAAGAUACUUAAAGCGAACCUGUCACCGGGAAUUUGAGUAUA